CCUAGCCGGCCGCCGUGUGUAUCCGCCAUUCAUGCGAGUCGAUUUCGUUGUUUCUGUGUGUGCAGCAGCAGCGGGCACGAGCGGAGCGGGCCAGGCAAGCCAGCCAGCUAGGCACAGCCAGCGAGCGAGACGUACGGUAAGAGUGAAAGCAAGUGCCAUUUUGAGGAUCGGUAGGAAUGAUGCUAAUCAAAUAAUAGAACGAGGAACAAAUUAAUCAGAAGCUGAUACAAUAAAUAUUCGACGAGUAAUAUGGGGGCGUUUUUGGAUACUCCAAAGACAGAGAAGUGCAAUGAGCAUGGCACCGGCAACGGCUUGCGAUACGGCGUUGCCAGUAUGCAGGGCUGGCGAAUGGAGAUGGAGGACGCUCACCGAGCCAUACCCUGCUUGGAGGGUGGCCUCUCGGAUUGGAGCUACUUCGCGGUGUUUGACGGCCACGCGGGCGCCCUGGUGUCGGCGCACAGUGCGGAGCACUUGUUAGAAUGUAUAAUGCAAACGCAGGAGUUUAAGGCCGAGGAUGUUAUCAAGGGGAUACACUCCGGAUUUCUCAGACUCGACGACGAGAUGAGGGAUCUGCCCGAGAUGAGCGCCGGCACGGACAAGUCCGGCUCCACGGCGGUGUGUGCAUUUAUAUCGCCCAAAAAUAUUUAUAUCGCCAACUGCGGCGACUCCCGGGCGGUACUCUGCAGAUCUGGACUUCCGGUCUUCUCGACGCGGGAUCACAAGCCCGUGCUGCCCGCCGAGAAGGAGAGAAUUCAGAACGCAGGCGGUAGCGUGAUGAUCCAAAGAGUUAACGGAUCUCUGGCGGUUUCCCGGGCGUUGGGUGAUUACGAGUACAAAAAUCUGAAGGAUCGAGGCCCCUGUGAGCAGUUAGUGUCGCCGGAACCGGAGAUAUUCGUGUUAGACAGGGACGAUGAACACGAUGAGUUUCUAGUUUUAGCAUGUGAUGGCAUUUGGGAUGUAAUGAACAACGAAGAUCUAUGUAAUUUUAUACAUUCAAGGCUGCAGCUAACCGAUGAUUUAGAAGCAGUUACCAAUUUGGUUGUAGACACUUGUCUUUAUAAGGGUAGCAGAGAUAAUAUGAGUAUAGUCCUGGUAACGUUUCCGGCUGCACCAAAACCAAAUCCUGAAGCGCAGAGGCAGGAGGCCGAGUUGGAAAUGGCUAUUGCAAGGAGAAUUAAAGAAAUAGUCGCCCAGGAGGAGGACAAGAGUGAAUUUGACUAUCUAAAAAUGCUGGAACUUCUUAGAGGAAGCGACCAAGAUUUUCCUUACCUGCCUCCCGGUGGUGGUCUUCACGCUAAGCAACCGUUCAUCGAGAAAAUGUUUCGAGAAAUGUGUCCCAGCAAAGCGCAUUCUAAUUCACAGAGCAGUUAAUGUAUACAAUUACGUAUACGAUUUCAUACAUGUGAAAUUGCAAUAGACUGGCCAAUCCAAAAGUGGUGAAAAUGAGAUAUCUAUCAUCAAGAGUCAUAGUGGAGUGCUACAUGAGCAGAGACUGUGCAGAGUGGUAAUUGAAUGUCAGUUUCUUUUUUUUUUUUUAAUCGUUACACUUAGCGUGAUAGAAGAACACAUUGUACAAAGCAUUUUCUCUUCAGCUAAGGGUAAAACGGAGAAAGAUUGGGAAAAUUUUUUUAAUAUAUAUGUCAAACAUUUUUUUACUUCUUUUAUACAUUGAAUUAUAUACACGGAACACCUUCAUAUGAUGUGUUUAGUUUUAGUAAAAUUUUAUCACAACCUCUCAGAGAUAAUCAUUACUUUUGAAGUAAAAUUAUGCUACUGAUAAUUAUGUAAAAAUGUUAAAUCUAAGGCUAUUCUUGAUUAGUAAAUUAGAAAUUCAAUAUAUUGAUCAAGAUAUUAACAUAAAAAAGGCUACUCUAGGAUUUUAUACAUAUAUUUUCUUUGGAUUGAUAUACAUAUGUAAAAUUAUAUUUUCCUUUAACGAAAAACUGAACGUAGCAUAAUUCACAUGUAAACACAAUGUAUAUUAUGUAAUUAUAGAAAUUGAUGUACUCUUCACUUGAUAUUCGCUGUACGAUUGUAUGCAUAACGGGCUUCAAAGCAUAAUUAAUUUUUUUAUAUUAUAUUUGAUUUGUGUAUUGCACUUCUUAUGCAGUUAAAAAACAAUUUUAUUCGAUCGUAAAUAAAAUAAACUCUUUGCGUUUUAUAUAAAAAUAGAAAACGAUGCUUAUAUAUUCCUCUUCCUACUAUAUAAGACUUAUUUAUCUGGCAACUACUUCUUCUUGGAACUGCCUGUGGCUAGCUUAUUAAAUAUUCAAUUAUAUGUAUAUAUAUAUAUAUAUAUACGUGUACAUUUACUUAUAUACGAAUACAAUACGACAAAGAUUACUUUUUACAUGUUUAUUCCAAAAUAUUGAAGAUGAUACAAAAGAUCUAAAAUGGUAUGGACAUACCGUUAUUGAUAUAUUUAAAAAGUAUGCGCGAUUUUUCUUAUUGAUAUUACUUAAAAAUAUACAGCAAUAACAAUAAAAAAAACAGAUCCUAGUUUACUCGAGGUAUCACAAUGCAUCUUUGUUCAGAUAAAACAUAGCCAUUUUAUAAUAAGAUAAAAACUGUAUAUUCGCCCAUCCACGCGCACCCGCAUACGUAUGAAAAAUUACGCUAUUUCACAUCUUUUAUUGUUGUACAUUUCCAAAAAUGUGAUUUAAAUUGUUGCGCUUUACAAUACAAAAUUGCCGUUGUCUAUAGUCCAACUUAAAUUGUCUAAUUCGAAAUGUACUGGUAACGCUUGUUUUAACGCUAACGAACAGCAAACACGUCAAAAUAAUUACAUAUACAUAUAGAUACACGUUGUUAAAUAAGAUAUACAAUUGUGCUAAAUCAUACAUAGAUGAAUUUUUGUUAACAUUUCAAUAUUGUAAUUUGUCUAUUUGUGAAAUUCUUUUUUUUCCUAUCUGUCAUAUGUUCAUAAAACGCUGUAACAUUAUUCAGAAAAUUGGAUUAUAUGCAUAAGAAAAUUAUGCAUUGUAUAUUUAUAAUGAA